GUCGGGGCUCUGGGAUCUGGCGAACGACACUUACCCGGGCGCUCCUCCCCGCCGCCGGGAGGCCGAGGGCGAGAAGCCCCCAGGGACGCGGGGAGGCCGCCCCGCGGUGUUUUCGGCUCCAGGAGGUGCCCGUCCCGCCAUCAAGAUUUUGUCCAAAAGCAGGCAAGAGGAUCGCCCUGCGCUGAGCCGCCUGGUGGGCAGCAGGCGCCGGCUGAUCGCGGCCGGCGCGCUGGGGGUGGUCAUGGUGCUGCUGCUGGUCAUCCUCAUCCCGGUGCUGGUCAGCUCGGCCGGCACGUCGGCGCACUACGAGAUGCUGGGCACCUGCCGCAUGGUGUGCGACCCCUACGGCGGCACCAAAGUGCCCAGCACGGCGGCCACGCCCGACCGCGGCCUCAUGCAGUCCCUGCCCACCUUCAUCCAGGGCCCCAAGGGCGAGGCCGGGCGGCCGGGGAAGGCCGGCCCGCGAGGGCCCCCAGGAGAACCAGGCCCGCCGGGGCCCGUCGGCCCGCCGGGCGAAAAGGGCGAGCCCGGCCGCCAGGGGCUGCCGGGCCCGCCGGGGGCGCCGGGCCUCAACGCGGCCGGGGCCAUCAGCGCCGCCACCUACAGCACGGUGCCCAAGAUCGCCUUCUACGCGGGCCUCAAGCGGCAGCACGAGGGCUACGAGGUGCUCAAGUUCGACGACGUGGUCACCAACCUGGGCAACCACUACGACCCCACGACGGGCAAGUUCACCUGCUCCAUCCCCGGCAUCUACUUCUUCACCUACCACGUGCUCAUGCGCGGCGGCGACGGCACCAGCAUGUGGGCCGAUCUCUGCAAGAACAACCAGGUCCGAGCAAGUGCAAUUGCUCAAGAUGCAGAUCAAAACUAUGAUUAUGCCAGUAACAGCGUCGUUCUACACCUGGAACCGGGAGAUGAGGUCUACAUAAAGUUGGAUGGAGGAAAAGCACAUGGAGGAAACAACAACAAAUACAGCACAUUUUCUGGAUUUAUAAUUUAUGCUGACUGAUUUCAGGAAUCAAAAACUAAAAGCACAUUCUUCUGAGCAUAAGUGAUGGAUUCACGUGGCAAAAAGUCAACAGAACAAGAAUCCCAGAGGAUACUGGCUGUAGACACCUCAUUAAUGGGGCAAAAUGCUACCUGACUCACAUCUGUGCAACCCAGAGAAAAGUGUGUUUAAAAAAAUAGAGCAAGUUAAGCAGAUGUGUGACCCACUAUCGCCAAAGCAAAAUACUCCUUGUUGUUAGUGUCCAUGUGAAUGAAGUCCUAUAUAGAUCACAACUUUUAUAAGAAAAAACAAAACUUUAAGGCACUGAAUUAUUUCUCGAGCGUAUAUACUUUGGUGUGCUAUGAUCUUGCUGCUUUUAUCCAUCCAUCAGCUUUGGUCUUUGUGACUUACCUGCUAACAAUGAUGCGUGCGGAGCCAACUCAUAGUAUGUGGUGAGGAAUGAUUUUACAAUAAAAGGAAGAUGUAACUGAAUUUUGCUUAAUCCCGCUGAAGGAAUUAUUUGUACAUCCAUUCCCCUCUUACCUAGAAAUAGAAAAUUUCCUACUUCAAGCUUUUAGCUGCAACUUCAUUGUUUGUGGGUGCAUGUCCAGGUUCACAUAUUACUGUAGUACAGUUCUAUCUAAUUCUUGGUUUCUUCUGCCGCCUUAUUUCUUAUGUACUCCAGUGUGCAUGAAGAGCUCUGCCACCCCAUGAGGUUGUCCCAUUCACUUCAGCAGAGGGAGCAAAAUGCAUGUGCAAAUUAAUGUACACAGGCAGAUUGGAAAUGGAUGGGCAGCUUGCACAAAGUAAGAGUUCGCCAUGCACAUAGUGCUCUGAGCCUCUGUUAAUCAUAACAGGAAGUCAAGAGAGAGGAAAAAGAGACUGUUCAACUCAGUAAAAAAUAUAAUUUGGAUUUUACUGACCUCAGAGAUGCUAGUUAACACAGCUGGCUAUUUUCAUGUGGUAUACAAGUUGAUGCUUUAUUCUUAUGAACCAUUUAGUGAAGUGGACAGAGACACUACCUCCCCUCUGCCUUCCUAGGUCUAUUUAACAAAGUUACCACCUGUCCCUGGCAUCACUGCCCUCAUCAGGACAGUGCACCCAACUGCAUUUUCUCCUACAGCAAUGAAUAAAAGUAAUAAAGUAAAUCUGGGCAUUUGGAUAGCACUGUGUCCUGCUGCCCAGUUUCUCCCAUCCCUGCCCCCACCAAAGUGCUGCCAAAUUACAGUCUGCUUGCUUACCCCAUAAAUUGGCAACUAAAUUCAUACUUCAGUUUCUUGGAACCUGUCUACACACAUGCAUAACUGUGGCGGAGCUCCUCCUUUCCUAUAGUGCUGUGGAACUUGAGUAAAUACCAGAACUAAGGAAGCAGACCUCAUUAUCCAGGUCUGAUUCAACACCACCCCCCUUCCCCCUAUUCCCCAAUCAGCACUUUCCCUCUCAGCCUAGUAUCACUCACAUUAGAAACCUACCAGUUAGCCCUAGCCUUGCAGUCAUGGUGUUUGCACAUGCGGAAGCUACACAUAUAAGUACUUCAGGAAGUCACCUCCAUGCAUCUUGGUGCAAGAGAAGGUGAAGGAAGCCUUAGUCAUGUGACAAAGAUGUAAUGUUGGUACCUGGCUAUUUUAUAAUUAUGUGUAAAGAUUAGUAAAGUACUCCUGCAGUCUAAUUAUAGUGUUUGUUGUGCCAGCAUUUGUUUAGAAGGUGGUGUGCUGAUAAACUGCACUACUGCAACAUCACAAAAUAAGACCUUGUAUCAUUACCACAACCAGAUAUGCAUUUGCAAUGUGCAGACUAAUUUUUCAGUCUCAUCUCAGUAACAGUUGUGUAAAUUAGGUUACUGUUUCCCCAGUUCUACAGCUGGGGGAUUAAGGAUGACAUCUGAUCUGAUUUACCCCAAGACCACCUCCAGAGUCCACAGUUCUGUGCUACUUUCAUCAGCUCCAACACUUUGGUCCAAUACACCCUUCAGUACACUAUCUUCUCUUGUUUUCAUUAAAAAUAUGUAAACAUCCAGACAAGUUUAAAAUCCUGUUUAUUUUAAGCCAGGCAAGAAGUGAGUACUGUGAAGCAAUUCAUCUUGUAUAUAAAUUUCUAGUUUCUAUUUUGCUUAACAUAAAUGUUUAGAUUUUAUAUAUUUAAAAAGCUUCAAUGGGACCAUUACAUAGAAAGUUAUGAAAAUAUAGGGUGCUGAGCUAAUGAGAUAAGAUUAAUCUUAACUUUAGUCCAAUGCAAAGAGGCCUUGCUAGUGGGAUUAUGAAAUAUAUGCAUAUUAUUAAAUGUAAAACAAAUAUGCAAAGGAAAUUUUCAGAUGUGAUAUUUGUGUUUAUUUCAUCCUAUUUUUCUUAUACUAAAAAAGGUUCAA